CAAUAUUUGUGAUGUCGUACCUCUUUUAUAAGGAAACAAGAGAUUAUUUCACGACAAAAUUAGUACCCAGCUUGUACCUGGAUCGACGGCAUUCGGAACAAGAGCAAAUUAAUGUCACCUUCAAAAUUACGAUGAUGGAUCUGAGAUGCGAUUUCGUGGAAGUCGACGUUGUGUCGGUGUUGGGAAUCAAUCAAAAUGCUACGAAAUUCGUGAAAAAAGUUCCAUUGGACGCAAACGGAGUUUUGAAUACGAUGGCGGAAAGAAACUUGGAUCAAAAGGAUAUUCAAGAUAUWGCUCUACAUGACGCCGCCGUCACAAAAUCGAUUGAAGAUCUUCACGUAAACGGCGAGGAUGCUAUCCGACUCGAUUCGAAAACUCUUGGCUAUGCACUCCAUGAAAACGAUCUUGUUUUUGUCGACUUUUUUGCUUCAUGGUAAGUAGCUUCGAAUGCAUUGAAUCAGUACCUGAUUUUUCACAUCAUCAUAUCAUUGGGAAUGUAAUUCUGAUCGACAUUUCUUUUUGGUCAAACAGGUGUUCGCACUGUCGUGUAUUGGCACCUACGUGGGAAACUUUGGCCAAGGUCAUGUUAGAUGCAAACGAAGAAUCGGAAGAAGAGGGUGGGGAUGAAUACGGGGAACAGGAAUUAAGAACGGCAGAGGCAUUAGACGUACCAGUUGUCAUUGCGAAGGUGAGAGAUAUUUCUACACUAAGCCAUAAUGAACGGCAGGUAGUCCCAUUUUCCUAACCGAUUACUUGUUUGUUUAAUAUUCAUAGGUGGAUUGCGUCGAACAUGAUAAACUUUGUCGCGAACAAAACAUUCAAGCAUACCCUACACUGCGUUUGUUCGUCAAUGGUAAACCAUUUGAUAGUGGGGAUUAUGAAGGCCAUCGUACAGUGCUUGACAUGGUUCAAUACCUAAAAUUGGCGGAGAAUAAAUUGGGCAAAGAAAAAAAGCUUUCAGCCGACGGCUUGCACAGUGCAUUGGAAAGACACUUGGAAAUGUCGGUGGAAGAACGACACUGGGCCGAAGCCUUCCAGCGACUACAGAAACGUGACCAAGAUGUCUCUUGGAACCCAAUGGAGCACCCCGGGUGCCAGAUAUCUGGUUCGCUUCUUCUCAACAGGGUCCCGGGUAACUUUUAUAUCGAGGCACAUUCGCCCUUUCAUAAUUUGGCUCCACACAUGACGAACUGUUCACAUGAAAUCCACUAUCUUUCGUUUGAACCCACAGGCGUGGAUCUGAAGGAAGGAGACCCGCUCCCUCCUAACUUCUAUAAAUCGAAUUCGCCUCUCAAUGGUAACGUUUAUGUGACACAAAAACUGCAUGAAUCGUAUCAUCAUUACAUAAAAUUGAUCUCUACAAAUGGAAACAAGUUCCAGGUUCUUCAAAGCAGUCAACUAGCAUCGUAUCCGCACGAUGAUACUCCAGAAGCUAAGUUCAUUCUUGACUUGUCACCGAUUGCGGUCUCAUACGAAAAGAUCUCGCGAAAGUGGUAUGACUAUAUCACUUCCCUAAUGGCCAUCAUUGGGGGCACCUUUACAGUCGUUGGGUUUUUGGAUUCUGGUAUCCGAGUUGCUACCAGGAAGAGAAUAAAGUUAUCUCACAACAACAAGCCACGGACCAUCUAUUAGCUUCACAAACAUGCUUGUCUGGAAAGACAUGUUCCUUCUCGAAGGUAAACGAAGCUCUUUAUACUAUAAAACCUCGACUUUUCAUCUACUUUCAAUCAGAAACGGUGGUGUAAUAAUACUAAAUGAGUUAU